ACGAGCUCUAUGAUGACACCUUGGGAUUCCGCGAAGUAGUUUCUUUCAGAUGGGAACAGCAAACAGCGGCACAGAGUUGACGCACUUGUGAGAGAAGAAGAGAGUGAGAGUACGCAAAGUUUCCACGCUUUCUGCUGUGCUUGAAAAAAUAUUGAGAAUAGACACCUGGAUGUUUCUUUUGCGUGUAGGCGCAAACGACACAAUCUUUUAUUCUUCGCCGGGAACAUUAUUUCAUCCCAGUCACAUUGGGAAAGACACGUGUAGGCGUGAAGCCACGUUUACUGGAGUCGUCUGUAUCCUGAUGCGCAUAUGAUGAGAAUCCACACUGCGCCUUGAGUUUUGUUUUUAAGUAUUUGGGACAGGUGACUUCUACAAUUACACUAUAUUUUGGGUAACUAUAAUGACGGACGUUGAUAUUGCAGCAAGGUCCUUGGAGCCGGUCUCAAACGGCUCCAGCUCUGAGCGCUCAGACAAACUAUCCGGCGAGGAAAGACCUGAAGAAAGUCAAGAGAGCCGGACUCUGUUAAUGGUCGCAAUGAUUCUGCUGGACUUAAAUCAGUGUAACCCAAACGGAAUCAGCACCAAACGUAUGGUGGACAGUGAUGCGGAGAAUCAAACCAGCGUAAAGGAGAACCGGGAGAAAUGCAGACAGAACGCAAGCAGGGUGAAAAGGACACGGAACCGUGACAGUCUGCAUGUGUCUGAGAAGAGACACUGUUGUCCCUAUGCUGGCUGUGGGAAAAUAUAUGGCAAAUCGUCCCAUCUCAAGGCGCACUUCAGAGUACACACCGGUGAGAGACCCUUUCAGUGUACCUGGUCAGGCUGCACCAAGAAAUUCUCACGGUCAGAUGAACUGACACGACACUUUCGUACGCACACCGGGGAGAAGCGUUUCAUGUGCCCGCUCUGCGACAAAUGCUUCAUGCGAAGCGAUCACCUCACCAAGCACGCCCGCAGACAUGCUGGCUUUCACCCCAGUAUGCUCCAGGGUCCCGCCGGACGAAGACGACACUCUUCAACGUCCACAUCGUCCUCUGGUUCCAGCGAUCACAUGUCUGCUGGUGUUUGAGUAACUACGUGGCCCCCACAUUUUGGAUGUCUCUCUUAGCAGAACCACACCCAAUUCAGGUCUUGGAGCCUCUAUUAAUGAACUUAUGAUAUAAGAUAUCAGGUGGGUUAGAUAAUGGAGUACAAAAUAUGCUUGCUGGAGUACUCUAACACAAAGACUGAAAAUGGGACUUCUCAAUGGAAUGGACAGAAACCAUAUAUUUUAGGCAGAAACAUUGUAAUGAACAUUAGUCUAAGGGUUUUUUUCAAAUGAGUAAGGAUAUUUACAGUAUAACUACAAAGUUGGGAUUGAUUUCAACAGAGAGGAGCCAGAUGUUUUAUUACACACCAGCUGUGACAAAGGGAAAUGAACAGAUUCUGUGUAAAGAUAUAUUACGUGAAACACAUUUCAACGAUCAGUUUGAGUGACAAAUUCCGCAAUGGUCGUGUAUAGGAAGUGGAUAUGUUUUAAAAUAAUCGCUAUGAAUAUUUUCUGUUCUUUGAGAUAUUUAGGGGGACAGCGGUUGACUUCAGUGUUGAAGACAGUUUUUGUAUGUUAUUAAAACUUCUGGGUUCUUAUGAGAUUAAUUUAACAUCGUGUGAGGUUUUACGCACACAAUCACGCUUUUGUUUUAAGCAAUGAUAAUUAUUUGCAUAUGCUAAUCAGUUAUGCAAAAGAAUGUGACUUAUUUAAUGUAGAGCAUUGAAAAUACUAGUUUUUAGUUUUAUAGUAAAUAGUACUAGUAAAUAGUUUUUUUUUUUUUGUUGUUGUUUUUUUUUUUUUUUUUUUUUGAAACUUUUACUUUGUGUUUUACAGCAUUCAUAAGUGAUGCAGUGAGGCCAGCCAACAGGGUUUCACUCAUUAAUAGUUUACCACCGCCAUCUACAGGCGUGUUAUGAAAUAACACGAAAGUAAGACCUGUGCCUUUGAUCUUCAAAUAUUGCACAGCUGAACCAUACAGAACAAAGAUUGUAUAAUUUUUCUCAUUACCUUUAAUUUUUUUUAGUAUUUUAGUAGCCUAUAGUAUUUACUUUCAGUCAAUGAACCUGAGUAACAUUUUAUUUUAUUAAUGGGUUUUCCAUUUUCAGAUUCAUAUUCAGCUGUUGAAAUACUUGAAAUAAUAAUGUUAUUUGAAUGUAGAUUAGGUUCGAAUCUGCUGUGAUCAGCCAUUUAAAAGACAUGCACAAACAGAAUUUUACAUGUGAAUAACAGUCAAUGGAUCUUUAUUCAAGUUGUAUAGAUUUUUAUAUUUUAUGAUAACUGAUCAACAAAUAUUUAGCUUUUAUCGUCACAGAGUAUCUGUGCUAAUUUAUUUUCCAGAUGUUCUAUAUGUUUAAUAGGUUGAAUUCAAGAAGCAGGCCAUUGUAAAAUUGCUCAACCUGUGCCUUCUGUUUUGAGGUUUAGUACUCUUACCUUAGAUUGCAGAAUGUAAUUAGCAAGCUAUCGAGAAAUACUUUGCUGUUUACAAAAGUCUUCUCAGUACAUAGUGUGAAUUCUAAUGUUGUGUUUAUCUGCAUCUUACAGAUUUUGAACCACUACCAUUGUACAUAUAUAUUCUGUAUUUUUACAUCACCAUCAUUUGUACAUAUAUAUUCUGUAUUUUUUACAUCACUAUCAUUUCUGCAACAUUCAUCUUUCAUUACCUGUAAAUUAUGUGUAUAGAGGAUAACUAAUUAAAACAAAGAGAAGAGUAA